GCAUAGAAGAAAGAACCGCCUCAUUUUUCCCUUAAUCUCGGGAACUUUUCAGCUUGAGGCACACAUAAAUCAGCAAAUCCGAAAAAAAAAAAUAAUAAUAACGAUCGGAGGAAUUCAAUCAAAUUCGGAAAUGGCGUGCAGGACUGUGUUCAGAACUGUAUUGACAGAAGCAUGGCGACCUUUGCCUGGAAAAUUAACAUCUUUUUCCUUUCCAGCCCAAAAAAUUCCAACGACUAAUUUGAGAUGUGGCUGUAAUGUUCCCAAGACUCGAAAUUUAUGCAUUGGGAGGAGAACCCGUCAUCCCAAUUGCUCCGAUAAUGGAAACCCGUCACCUUCAUCUGCAGAUGACCAAGACCAAGACCCCCCUCAAGAAGCUGUUCUCAAGGCUAUUUCAGAAGUUUCGAGGGCAGAAGGGAGGGUAGGACAAACGACAAAUGUGGUCAUUGGAGGUACAGUAACAGAUGAUUCAACUAAUGAGUGGCUUGCUCUAGAUAAGAAGGUGAAUUCCUACCCAACUGUCCGAGGGUUCACAGCUAUUGGAACUGGAGGUGAUGAUUUUGUACAGGCUAUGGUUGUUGCUGUAGAAUCAGUAAUUCAACAGCCAAUACCUGAGGGUCAGGUAAAGCAGAAACUAUCCUCUAGAGGCAAAUACGUGUCGGUAAAUAUUGGACCUGUCCAAGUUGUUUCAAGUGAGCAGAUACACUUUCUUGCUGUGUCUGAGCAAUGAGGAUUGGUCAAUGACUUUGAAGGCUUUCUGACGCGUAGAUUUUUUUUUUUUUGGUUAUUGUAGAUCUAGAAUCUAGUAACUUCGUAAUGGUUAAUCAACUGGUAUGUGUACGCUACUGCCUGAAAAAAGCAUACGUUGCUUUGUACUCUUAAUUAACGCCAAUUGGCUAAAGAAAACCUGG